UAGAUUAUUUAUGGAAACUCUUUUAGAAAAAACUUUAUUUAAAAUUAUUGACCCUCCAAAUCUUCGAAUAACAACUCCGAGAUGGUUUACGUUGCCUUCACCUAUGCAAGUCUUCUUUUUUGUAAUGGUUACUUAUUUUUUAGUUACUGGAGGUGUUGUUUAUGAUAUUAUAAAUGAACCUCCAUCUAUUGUUGCUAUAAUGCCAUAUCGUAUCAAUGGACAAUAUAUUAUGGAAGGGUUGGGGGCUAGCUUUAUGUUCUGCCUUGGUGGUAUAGGCUUAAUUCUUUUGGACAGAUGUAAUAGUCCAUUGACCACGAAGACCAAUCGAAUGAUGCUUUUCUUCUUAGGCUUCGGUCUUUUUGUUGUCGGAUUCUUCACUACACGAAUGUUUAUGCGAAUGAAACUACCUGAUUAUUUGUCCAGUUAG